UCCCUCCCUCUGUCCGCAUUAGAGAGAGAGUUUGCUCGUAUGUCAGAGGGACUAUGGUGGAGGGCUGGUGAAGACGAUGGCAGCUCUCUGCGAGGAUGGCACAUAUGGACUCAACUGUGGCCGCAAGAGCGACAGAAUAUCAGUUUUACAUGUUAAACUGACAGAAUCCGCCUUUAAAACGCUAGAAAACUACCAAAACUGUAAGAAUGCCCGGUCCUCACAGGCGACGAUACGUUUUCAGGGUCUUCAAGGGCGCAUUAAAAUCCCAACGACAGACACCUCCAAUGGCUUUCAUAACUUCGACUUUUAUCUGUCCAACUUUGGCAAAGACAAUCCUCAAGGAAGCUUUGAGUGUAUCCACCAGUACAUAUCUAGCUCUGGGGUCCCCCAUCUGUCCUCCCUGGGAACGAUUCAAGACAAAAUCACAGUAUGUGCCACCAAUGACUCCUACCAGGUGACCAAAGAGCGUGUGACCAAAUCAGAGGACGAUAAAAGCAAAAACAGCACCAAAUUCAUCAGACCUGGAGGACCGUUCAGAGACAAAAAAGUCCAGCACCGAAAACCGGCCCCCUCAGCCCCCGACCCAGUUCCAGAGAGGAAGCAGACCACCCCCCUCAACCCAGCCAACACCAUCCGCAAGUGCCUUACCAACAACCCCGUAUCGCAACGGCCAUACCGGGACCGCGUCGUUCACCUUUUGGCCCUGCGCUCUUACAAGAAACUAGAGCUGCUCGGCAGACUGCAAAGAGACGGCCUCAGCCAGAAAGACCGCAACUCUUUGGGCUCUACACUACAUCAGGUGGCCAGUCUAAACCCAAAGGAUAACUCCUAUUCGUUGAAGGACUUUAUUUUCCGUGAGGUCCAGAGGGACUGGCCGGGCUACACGGAGGAUGAGCGGGUUCAGGUUGACAGGAUCCUGGCACGUAAAUUGGGUUUGAAUUCAGAGUCUGUAUCUUCCAGCAGUCCAACCAAAGAGCCAACGUCCCCACUGAAACGCCAACCUGAGACUGACUUCAUUGACCCUCUGAUGUCAAGGAAGCCCCGAAUCUCCCAUCUCAGUAACCGAGGACCCCCCUCCACUUCAGGUCGUCAUUCUUCAGUGACUGAAGACAAAAAACCCGCACCCACGGCCGCCUGCCCAGGACCUUCUUUUCACCCUACCCCUGUCACAGGCUCCAGUUCAAACUCCCCCAGUACGCCGGAGGGCGGGGGGUCUCAGGACCUGCCCCUGGACCAGAGCUCUAUAUGCGGGAACUCCUCAGAGAGCUACGCCCCCCGCAGCCACACGCCCAGCCCACCCAGCCAGCCAAUUUCCACGACGUCCCCCUCAUCCUUCUCCACCUGUACCGUCUCUACAACCACCAUUACCUCCACCACUACCACCAGCAGCGGCCACCAUGUUUCUUCUGCCGCAUCUUCUACAGCCAGCCAUGAUGGCAAUGGCAGCAAAAAGUCCAAGAAGCACAAAGAUAAAGAGAGGAAGCAAGAAGGAGAGCGAGAGAUGGAUAAGAAUAAGGACCGAAAGAGGGAUCGAGAACAUCACAGGGAGGAUCACUGUGAUAAGGAAGCACAGCCCAGGAAGAAACACCGGAAUGAGGCAGAACAAAGACACAUUCUCGCCAACAUCAGCCACGAAUCGGACAGAGAAGCUGGCAAAGACAAGCUUGUCAACAGCACUGAACUUCCAGUCCCAACAAAGCCUGAUUACAUAGUUAAGUACACAGCAGUGAUAUCUAUGGAUCAGAGGCAGCACUAUAAGGAUGACUUCAAUGCAGAAUAUGAUGAGUAUCGUAUCCUUCAUGCCCGCGUUGAGAGUGUUACUCGUCGUUUUACAAAAUUGGACACCCAGUGUAGACGACUGUCUCCAGGAACUAAAGAGUACCAGGAAGUACAUGAACAGGUGCUGCAAGAAUAUAAAAAAAUUAAACAACACAGCCCAAAAUAUUAUGAAGAAAAACAGCGCUGUGAGUACCUGCAUAACAAACUGGCCCACAUCAAACGGCUCAUCACUGACUUCGACCAGCGGAGGGCGCAGUCCUGGUUGUAGGGCACAGGACCAAGCAACCCCUUUUGGCCAAUCA